GGAAGACAGCAUCUGCUAUUUGGCAACGUACAAGAGGAAGAGUGGGGGAGCGGCGCGAGGAAGAAAAUGGCCGACAAGGCAACGGUAAAAGGGCAGGGACGUCGAGUGAGAUACGUGUUUCGGGAGAAAGAAAUGCGAAAUCCGUGUUAGAUAUUGUGAAAUCAAACGGGAAAUUUAAGCAAAAAGAACGUGUUAUCAUUUCUUUUAGGGGUGCGCUCACCAAAAUAUCAACGGAUUAGUCGAUUACAUUGGUGUAUUAAUUUAUCGUUUAAAAAAGCGUUCGCGGGCUGUGUGUAGGAACAAAAGGGCUCGCUAGAGGUAAACAUAAAUUAUGCGUUGUUUCGCAUUUACUUCUCGUCGCUUAAUAACAUUUACAUCCUGAGCGUAUGACUUAAUUUUUUGAAAAUAUGUUGGCAGAAGUGUUCGUAAAAGCGUACGACUUCGGUGAAAUUUCGUACGUGACAAAUUCAUCGAUCAGUAGAGUAGGUUUAUGUUAGCCACUUGUGGCCAUCUACGGAUACAUUUAAAAGGUAUCCUGUUGUCCUUGUCCUUUUAAUUUCUCUAUCUGUAACGUGAACUUUGCACUUCUUGCAAGCAUUGUUGUCCUCAGCCUGUAAAACACCGUAAAAUCAUAGUGGGAAAUAUUGAGCAACGAAUUUAUCAGCUGUAUAUUAAACGAUGGGAGCAACGAGAUUUAAAGGGAUCGAUUUGUCAACAAGUCGAUGAAAGUACGCGCACCCGACACUCUCGAUCGUAAUUCUUUUUUAAUUUUUUUUUCUUGCAUCACAGAAUUGAACAUUUAUUGCAGUUCUUUUAUUUCACUUAUGUUUUAAGUGUAUCACGUUCUGAACAAUACUAAAAAAUAACAGUAUAUAGUCAGCUUCAGCACGAUUACAAUAUUUAUAAUACUUUACAAUGGCAGUUAGGUAGUUUUGAUUUUCUCGGAGCUUUCGUCAACAUUAAAUAUAUUUUUAUCAAGUUGAAAAUGUAAAGGGAAAAGUUAUAAUGAAGCCACAGAAAAAGGCAACAGUUGCCCGGAAGGCAACGAAAAUGCCAACAAUUGCUAAAAAACGUCGCUCAUUUUUAGAGAAAUCUAUAUCUGAUGUGAGGAAAGAGAAAAAGUCUAAGAAGUUGGAGAAGUUAGAGGAUGCGAAGAGGAAAAUGGAGAGUGAUAAGAAAAAAUCAGAGAAAACUGAGGAAAAAAAGAAAAUAGAAGAUAAGAAAAAAGUUGAGGAAAAGCGAAAGGAAAAAUGUGAAAAAGUGGAUGAUAAGAAAAAGUGUAAAGAUAAUGAAAAGAAGGCAGAAAAAGUAGAAGAAAAAAAAGUAGAUAAAAUGGAUGAAAAAGUCAUUGAUGACUGCACUUCUGAGAGUGUAGAGAAAAAGAAAGUACAAAAAAUAGAAGAAAAAACUAAAUUGGAUAAACAAGUUGUAGAAAAUAAGAAGAAACCUGAAAAAGUAGAAGAUAGAAAGAAGAGUGGUAAAGUUGAUGAUGAAAAUGUGGAAGAUCAAGCAAAACUUUUGAUUUCUAUGGAAGAGAAUGAUUUACAGGAAGAAAAGUUAGAAAUCUGUUGUUCCAUUGUUAAAAAAAAAUGCAAAGAUGAGAAAAAGAAAGAUACAAAGUUCAUCAAGUCAGACAUUAAGGAAAGUCUGAAGAUAUCUGUGAUAAAAGAUAAAAAAUCAGAGCGUAAAAAGCUUCUUGGAAAAGGUACAGUAAAUAAAGCCUCUUUAACACGUACUAAAAAAGAUUCUAAGACAAAAUCAAUGCAGAAAAAAGGUAUUUCCAGAAAGACUGUUUUGGCAAAGAAAACACAUUUAUCGGUUGUUCAAAAAUUGGUGGAUAAAAAAAUGAAAUUAGACAAUUUGAUAAAAGACGAAGAAACAUCAGUAAGUGAGGAGGAUGAAGCAAUGAAAAGAACAAAAAGGAAAAAUAUUAAUAUGUCUAAAAACAAAGUUAUGCAGGAAAAGAAACCAAAAUUAGGAAAACAUAUGAAAGCUAAAUUGUCUUCAAAGAGUAAUAAAAUAAAUUCUGUGUUAAAAAAAGAUGAUAAAUUUAAAACUCUUGUAGAGAAGGUUGUACCUAAAAAGAAGGUGGAUUUGAAGGAAUCAGAAAAAUCUUUGAAUGAGCAAAAGAAAGUUAUAAGUAAAGAUGAGACAAAUGAAGAACCAGAAGAAGUAACUGACAUAAAAAGUGAAUUAAAAGAAGAUAAAGAUGUAGAGAAAAGUUGUAAGGAGGAACUAUCACAGUUAAAAUCACAGGACGCUAAAAAAACUAUACGAAGCACCUCGAGAACAGCUAAAAAAAUAAUAAAAAAGAAAAUAAUAAACACUAAUCAACCACUGUCUUCUUCCGAAGAAGUAUCUUCUGAAGAGUCUAGUAGACAAAUUAAAGUCUGUGAAGAAAAUACAAAUGAUAGUGUUCCUUCUAAACAAGAACAAACUGAUAAUGAAACUGUAAUUGCUGCAAGUCCUAAAAAUGAAACAAUCAAUGGGGAUAAUAUAGCUGAAGAUACGUUAUUAUCAGAUGUAGAAGAAGAAAGUAAUGAUGAGACAAAAGGAAAUAAACAAAAGGAAAUGAAGAAAGGAGAGAGAGCUAAUUCUCCCUCCGACGAGCGUGUUCGUAGAAUGAGAUUGUUUGGCUUUUGGAGUGGACCAAAACGACAUAGGGUAGCUUCUUUAAACGCGUUAGCCAAAGUUCAUUGUUUGUACGAAAACGAGACUGGAGGAGUGUAUCUUGGUGGUUUUUGUAAACCGAAACCUGAGAAAGAGAAGCAAAAGAAGACAAAAGAAGAGAAAGAAGAACAGGAAAAAGUACGUAAGGAAAAAGAAAAGAAGAUAGAAACUAAAACAGAAGAAAAUAUUCCAAAAAGGAAACUUAGAAACGUGCCAGGGUUGCGUGGGAAACAUUGGGAUAUGUUAGAAAGUUCUUCAUCUUCUUCUUCUUCCGACGAUGACUAUGAACGUGAAAAGAAUACGGAACAUAAGAAGAAAAUAAUUAAGCGGAGAAAGAAAAAUGAAGAAGUAAUGGAUUUGAAAGAUAUGGUUGUUUGCAAAAGAAUGGCGAGUCUUAAUGCUACUGCUAUUUUAGCUGCUUCUUAUUCAGACGAAAAGAAUCGAUGUGGCAGUAGCUCCGAUUCUUCUAGUGAAUCAGAAGUGGAGAUCAUUAAGAGACGUAAACAAACUGAUUCUGAUAUCGACAAACGAAAAUCAAGGCAAAAUUCAGAACAAGAUGAUGUUUUAAAACCAUCUAACAAACUUGUUAUUUUGAAUCAAGAUACAGAUGUUACUAUCACUGGUGUUUAUGUUAAUCAAACUCGAUCCACACACCAUGAAGGUUUUUGUAGCAUUGCUGGUAUGCAAUAUAGAAUAAGUUCAACAAGUCAUACUCAAACUGCAGCUACUGCAGUUGCUACUGAGCUUCAUGAUCAGCAAAAAUUGGAGCAACCAUGCAAAUCAUAUACACCAUUAGGUGCAUUAUCUUCUAUGCAACCACCUGGCAGCCAGGGUAAUCAUCCAAGUAUGUCACCUAGAAGACAUUCAGCAUUUUCUGCUCCACAUCAACAUGGGUAUUAUCAGCCGGCUGGUCCACUGAUACAACACCCACCAACUUUACCACCCAUUAAAGGACCUCCUCCAGAACCAACUCCUACUCCUCCUCAAAAUUCUGAAGGUUCAGAUGAUUUAGUUGCAACUUCCACUACUUCAGGAGGAACUAGUAGUACAGGAGGUGGAUUUUAUAGGGCAUAUUGUCCCCAAUAUUAUGGUACUCCACCACAGUAUCCAGAUUUAUGUUAUCCACCAACAUAUUCUCAUCCACAUGCUCAUCCGCCGCCUUAUUAUAAAUAUGCACCAACUUAUAGAAGGUAUCUUUUCAGGCAGUAUUACGGAUAUCAGGAAUCUGGCGGAGGUGGUGGCCCUGGUAGUGGCGCUACAGCAGGAGGACCAGCCGUCGUGGAUUACCAGUCACCUCCACCACCACCUGGUGAAUAUCCUCUGCCUGCUUAUUAUGGUGGUUAUCCUCCACCUCCACCACCACCUCCUCCUCCACCGAAUCCGGCGUAUUUACAUUCUCAGGGAAGACCUUUCGUAGAUCAUGCAGCCUUCCAGGGUUGCCCAUGCCCGAUGCAGUCUUGUCCAAAAAACGUGGAUACUGGGCCCCUUAUUGGUAAUGGUAAGGGGGCGCCAGUGGUAUCGGGGCCCGGUCUGUCAUUGCCGCCCAGUGCUUUGGUAGGUCCGCCCUCGCCGGCGAGGGGGCUAGCCGGGCUAGCGCCGCCUCACGGUGCCAACGCCUGGGAUACGGAUCGCGUCCAACUUAACACUCAUCGCAACCUGAAUCAGAACCAAUCCUUGGUCCCUCCGUCUCACAAUUUAGUCAGUGGACAUAAUCGUUCGCAAAAUUCGGACUGCAAGAACAAGGAUGAGAAAGAUUGUUCAGAAGAUAAACUACAAAAGUGUGGAUGUCAAAAACGUGCCUGUACAUCAACCUGUGAAGUUAAAAUGGAAACUCUUUCGCCUGCUGAAAAGUUGACAGUGACAACCUGUCCAAGUAGUAAAUUUCACAAUUUUAAGUUGGAAAAUAAUAAUGUGAAGUGUGAAUCUUGCAGUGUGGAAAUAGGCAAUAAUUUGUCCUGUGUUGCAAAUUGUAACGUUAAGUGUGAAUCAGAAUACAAAUGUGAUAUCAUGAAAUGUGAACAGUGUAUGAAAGAGGGGCAGAUGGUCAUUUUAGAGAUUGACAAAGAUUCAGGUAUAUUACUUGAUGAUAAAUUGGAUGCAGAUCCUGAUGUUAAGGAAGAAUUAAGUGAUGUUGCUGCAGUAGAUAGUGAGAAUUGGAAAAAACCAGAUUAUGAACCAACAGUGCAAGAAACUAUUGAAGAGACUCCAGAAAAAGAAGAUACAGAGAAAGCGGAAGUUGAAGAGGAAACUUCUAAAUGUCAAAAGGUGUCAAAAAGGAAAUUAUCUUUGGAUAGUUUGUCUGACAGUAGGAAGAAAAGAAAAGUAAGUAAAAGAACCCUUUCUGUUGGCUCUUCACAAGAAUUAAAUAAUAGUGACUUGUCAUCCAAAAUUUCUGUACCAAUUCUACCUUCCGUAAAAAAGAUUGAUGGUAGUGGCGAUGAGUGUGUUUUGAAGAAGAAACAGCCUAAGAAGGAUAAUCAAAAUCAAAAGCGCAAAGUAGAAAAUUCAAAUUGUUCAGAGAAUGUGAUGAAAAAAUCUAAAACUUCUAAACAGAGUACAACUAACAAUAUGCCAAGUUGUUUGAAGCAUGCUGCUAGCGAUAGUUCUAUCAUGGAAACGAUUAAUAAUGUUAUUCAGCAUGGAUUGCACUUGACACAGAAAAAAGACAGAAAGAGUAAAAACGAAAAACCGGAAAAAGCGAAAAAGGAAUCAAAUUUGUUAUCUGCGGUAAAGAAAGUGGUUAAAAAAGUUGAUUUGGUGAAAGAAUUAGCAUCAGAAAAAUUGUCGAAGGUAAUCGCAAAAAGUGGUCAAUCGAAGAAAACAGAAACACGGACAAAGUCAAAAACCCAUGAGAAAAAAUGUAAAGGUAAAGGUAAAUCUAAAGCCCAGCAAACAAAAGAAAAAGAUAAUGGUAAGAAGAAUGAUAAUACAACAAAGUCUAGAUCAAACGAACCGACUGAGCCUCUAAAAAAGCCAGCUUUGGUGAAAAAGAAGCGAAAGAGCGCGAAAAAAGCACCAAUCAAGAAGUCUAACUCUAAAGUUGAAGACUGCUCCAUUGGAAGUGAAAAUUUGAUAUUAACCAGAAAAACAUUUUUAAAACCUAAAUGGAGUAAUGGUUGGAGUUGGGAGGGUGAUCCAUUUGAAGCCAAAGUUUAUUUAACGAACGAGGAAUCGGCUAUACGUCGAUGUUACGCGAGUAUGAAACAUGAAAGUGGUGAUGUUUUGAGACCCCGUGACUGUGUUUUAUUGAAAAGUGGUCCACGAAAAGCUGAUUUGCCAUUUGUAGCAAAAAUUGCCGCGUUAUGGGAAAAUCCCGAUGAUGGUGAAAUGAUGUUUUCGUUGCUGUGGUACUACAGACCCGAACAUACUGAGCAAGGUAGAACUCAGUACGAUACCGAGGAUGAAGUGUUUGCUUCAAGGCAUCGUGAUGCAAAUAGUGUGGCUUGUAUAGAAGAUAAAUGUUAUAUUUUGACAUUUAAUGAAUAUUGUCGGUAUCGUAAAAAUUUACGAAGAAUCGAAGAAGGAUUAGAGAGUCCCGGUUUAAUAGUUCCGCCGGGAGAUCAAUUAUAUCCAAGAGAAAAUCGUCAGCCCCCAAUACCAGUGUCUUCGGAUAUGGUUCUGUUUUGUCGACGUGUUUACGAUUAUCGUGGUAAAAAGCUUGUUAAGAAUCCCGGAUGACUCGACUUUUUAUAAAACGCUUUGAACAGGAACCAAUGGAAUGCACAAAGUUUGCAGUAUAAAUUGAAACUGGACGUAGGUCUCCCUUCAAGCGUAACCAUACAUUAAUCAAUUUUCUUGAUUUAAACAGUUAAUGAAUUCUCAUCGAUAUAAUUCUUUUUUUAUUUUUUUGGGGACUAUAUAUAUAGAUUUAGAUUUAUUUUUUAUCGCGAUGAAACAUUAUAAUACGAGUAUAAAAUUUUUUAUAUUAUUUUAUGCGAUAGUUUUCCAAUAGACAGAUUUCAUUUCGUGAUAGCAUUACGUUUAAAGAGAGCGAGAAGCACUUAGUUUUUUAGAGUAUAUAGAUUUUUAAAUUUGCUAAUAUAAAGAGAAAAACUGGUUUUUAAACUAAUCGUUUUAUAAGAUAGAUAAUGCCACUUGUCAAUUUUCUACGUUUUUAACUUAUGAUACAAGAAACGUCAUGAAUUCUUAAUUAAUUUCGUUGAGAGAUGUUUUUAAAACUUAUAUUACUAAAUCAAUGAAAUGAUACUAGCACAAAAGUAUAUAGGAUCCAGUAUAUAGCACUAAGAAUGGCGUAUCCAAAUGAAUGAUCAUGCGUUUGCAAUCCCGAUGAUGAAUUCCUUGAUAAUAAAACAAUGAUGGCUAAUGGUCGGAGCGAUCGGAGCCCUAAAAAAAUCAAUCAAAAACAAUGAAGUUUAAAAGAAAUGCCUAAAACAUUUUCAUCUUUCGUAAAGAAAAAUAAAAAAAAAACGACGCAUUCACUCAUCAAUACGGGUUGUUUUAUCGCAAACGAAAUACGUUCUUAGAGAGAUAAUAGAAUUUGACAAUUUUAUAGAGAGAAUCAUAUUUUUUGUGGGAUAGUAUUUACAACACUUAAAUGAAUAUUUUUCACAUUGGAAAUACAAAUACGUAUAUUGCUAUGUAUUACAAGCACCCUUCUUGGAGGGGACCUUCGAACAGUUUCAAGGUAGAAAUCAAACGCCUGGGGGUAUUUGACCAUUUAGUAAAAUAAUAAAUGUAUGCGACGUGUUCUUGGACAAGAUGAAAGAUGAACGCGGAGAGUAUUCAGUUUUCUGAUACGGAGAAAAGAACACUUCUAUUAUCUUGCAGUGGGUCGGUCAGACCUAUGCAUACGCAUUAUUUUAAUACACGUAACUAAUGUAAGUUUCAGUUUUUUUAAUAAUGACCGUUGGUGGCGGAGUGUCGCGAAAAUGGAAUUGAUUCGACUGAAAUUUGAUUGGGAUGGUGAGCUUCAAACAGUUACACAACUCCAUUGAGAACUAGGAAAUUCUUAUUCAAAUUUUUCAGACUGCCAUAUCACGGAAAAUACUUAAUUAUAUUUCCUUUGUCGCUGUCUAUUUAAAAAUAUUUAUUUCAAUUUUAUAUGAAAUUUAUUCUUAGUGAUGAUUGGAGGGAAACAAAUUUAAUUCUAACAUACAGCGAAGAACAAAACUGGACCAAUAAUAUCGCUUUUUCCAGAAAAUUAUUUAAAUUACUGUAGGGUCAGUUGAAACACUUUUUGAUAAGUGAAUAUAUUGAUGGACCAAUUUUUAGGUCAAUUCCUCAACAAUCAAUUUAAAUUUUAAAAGACGUUCGGACUUUUUAUCCAACAUUUAAAAAUGAAAAGUGUGCUAGCAUUUUUUUAGGAAGUCGCAUUUGCUUUGCGAACAGUACUACUUAAAAGUACAAGUGCAUAGAUAGUGAUAUAUUAAUAUGGCAAGGAGCACGUUGAUAGUAUCUUUGCAAUGCUGUAAAAUAGAGCAUUGAUAUUUUGUAGUUGAUUGCAGUUUACUUUAGAAAUAAUAUACUUGUUACGCUUUCAAACGUCGCUAUUUUGGUAUUAGUUUUGUUAAGAUUUCUUUUAUUAUUUUUAGGUAUGUGGUUUUUGACUAUUUUUAUUGUGAAAAUGAAAAAUUAAAUGUUUGUGAUCAACAAAAGCACUGCUGUAUAAUAACAAUCUCUUGUAACUUUAUAUUAGCGUGUUCUAGAAAACACAUUCUUGAAAAUAUUUUUGUUUUCACAUAGCGGAAAAGAUUCAUAAAAAAUAGUAGGAAUAAUAAUUACUAGAAUUAAUAACUUACCUUUGACAUUGAUGAUGAACAAAAGCGACCAAUUCUUCAUUGAACACUUAUACUGUAUGUACUAUUUUAGUACAAUGCAAUGAAAACGCAACCGUUUCUCCUUUUAACACAUUAUUAGUUGCUUAUAAAAUGUUAUCUUUAAAUUUUUAAUUCUUUAUAGAUAUCAAGAUACUAUUGAUGCUCUAUUAUGCCUCUUAGAUUAAAGUGUUCUAGCUCCUCCAACAUGUUCAUAGCUUAGUUCACAAAUAUCGUAUGUUUUCUUUUUGUGAAAUUUGCGUCUUUAUAUUCAAUAAGUAGUUCUUAACUGCUACAUUAUGUUGUAUAAAAAUUGUAUUUGUGUCUACUUUACAAAUUUAUUUUGGUUACACACACAUUUAUAAUUUUGCAUAAAGUACCACUGAAUAUUUAAAUAUACUUUUUUGCUUCACAAAUUGAAAGUGGUCAUACAAUAUUUGUGCUAAGCUAUUGAUGUUAGCCUGUAUAAAAUUUUGCACCUAUCAGUUUAGAAAACAAUUGAUGCUUCAACUUCAUUACCUUUGAUUUAUUAGUUGUGUAUUUAAUUCAUUUGCUUCAUAUGAUGGUAUCUCAAAGCUGUAAAUGCUGUUUGUAUGGAUCAAUUAGCAUGUCAAAAACGUGAAGAAUAUUAUUGGGUAUGUACAAAUGUAUUACAAGAAAUGAAAAACGCAGUUAUUACUUAGGUCAAUAAGUAUAUCAUAUUUCUUGUACUGCUAUAUUGUAUUACAUUUUGGGAUAGAUAUAUCCUAUAAUAUGAAAAAAAAAUUUUGUUCUUUUACUGUCUGCAGUAAUGUAUGUGAGAUUGUUACUGUUGCAAAUGGAUUGACACUUUAUCUAAUGGUAUCAAGAUAAAAAUAUCAACUAUCCACCCUAAAAUUAUGGAACCAUCGGCAUCAAUAUGUUAAAAAUAUUGUAAAAGUUUAUUAAUGAGUAUGUCAAGAUAUCUGAGUUAAAAGAAAAGCAUUAGAACUGAUAAAUUAAAAGCAACGAAGUUAAAGUAUUAAUUCUUUUAAGCUGAAAUAGUUGUAUAAUUGUAAACAGGUUUACUUUCUAUUACUAUAUAAAUAAAUAAUAAUUUUCUGGAAAAAUAGUUUUAUCGGUUCAGUUUUGCCUCUCACUGUAUUUAUAUUUGGUUUCUACACGAGAUGAAAUAUUUUUUUCAUUGUUUUAAUGAAAUUAGAAUUUUCUUAUUGCGACUUGGUAAUUUUUUUCUUAGAAAUAUUUAUGUUUUAACCCGUCACACUUUGUACAUCUACAAUAAGGGUUUACUGCUUUAUGGAACUUCUUUAAAAUCACAAAGUCUCUAUGAUUAUUAGGGAGAAAAAAAAAGAACAAUGUGGUUGUAUAAUAAUCUCUUGUAUUUUCAUCAUUUCAAGUCACGUAUUAUUCAUUAUAGUGCAUAGUCAAUGUAUCGCAUCGUAGUAUGCCAAAAAAAAAAGAAAUGUAUUUGUGAACUACGAGGAACCUUAAGUUAGCCAAUAAUAUAAUUAUAUCACACUCGAGAGUUUAUAAUAAUGAGUAGAAAACUUAGGACGUAAUUAUUUUUAUUGAAAUUCCAAAUAAGAUGAUAAUGUCGACGUCUAUUUUUGAUUGUUUGUUGAGUGGCGGGUGUUUUGUUAGAAAUUAUAUUAUUUAAAAUUAAUAUAUUGAUGAUAACGAUUAUUAUUUAAUAUCUAAUAUAUUGGAUAUAGACGCUAAGUUAUUUCCGAUAGAAUGAAAAAAUAUUAUAAUAAUGUAGUAUAGUUAAGGGGGGAAGGGAAAAAGCGCCCGUGAUUGUUCCUGUCUGCCUGUGUACAUGUACGUUUGUGUGUGCCUGCUUGUGUGUGUAUGUGCGAUGCGAAAACAAAUAAUGACGAGGCGUUGAAAGAAAAUGGGACAAAAAACAGAAAAGUUGAAAACGAGAAAAAGAAACACGUUCGACGAAAAACCCGUAAUACCAAAAGAAAUAUUGUUCAUUUUUCGAAAUCCUUUUAGGGUGAUUUAAUAUAUUUUAUAUUUAUUGUUUUAUUAAAUACGCGGCGACAGAAUCGUGUUAGUGUGUGUGCGUAGAUGAGAAGCAUGCGAAAUAUCUCCGCGCGCCGUAUAUUUAAGAAAACACUUGCAAAAAGGCAAAAUGAUCGCAAGACAGAUAGAAAUGUGGCGCGCGAAGAUGCAUCGUUUGGCACCGUUCUCACGGAUCUUUUACAAAUAGUUUUAUAUUCGUUCUAACCGCAUAAGCAUUUUAUCAGGAUAAUCGAAAUUGUUCAACGAGCGAGCCGCAACGCGUGUGGACACCGAUGUAACUCGCAUUUUUUGUCUAGUUGUAUAAGCGAAACGAUAACUCCUCCUCGUAGCGCAAAACGAUACAAAUUCAACAGAACUAUAACGAUGGUUAAUGUGGGAACACAGAGAAAGAUAAGAAAAGAAAAACUUUGCAUAUCCGUUCACUCUAUUCUACGUAGCCGACGUAACUUCCAUCGAGCGUGUAACACAGAAAUUUAAUCACUUUAAGUCUAUAGGCGUAUGUUUGUGAAGCUCUUCGAAGACUUUGCAUUCGCUUUAAUCAAAAUAGAACCAGUUCACUAACGAUUUAA